AUGAGAUGUCUUACCCAACAGAAGGGAGUUGAUGUCACUGGGAUUGUAGCAGUCGUUUGUGCUCGCUACGCCAUCUUCCAUCCAGGGGCAAUGGUUGAUCUCUAUGUUGGAGAGUGGUACAUCAUAUCAUUCUGCAACCAUGUACCAAUUACUCACAUCAUUCAAUAG